AUGAAAGCGGCGAGAGCGCUUAACAAGAAAUAUCCAAAGGAAAUGUCUGUCCUUUUGUAUAUUACUAGCAAAUUCGGUUUCAAAAAUGCUCGGCAAGCCAUCAAAUAUUCAAGGGAUCACAUUCCGGAGACUCGCAAAUUCGCCGUACUUCUUCAAGAUGUCAUGGUUGACCUAUUGAUCCACUAUCAUUCAUUUGCCGACAACGUUCUCGGCAAAACGAACGCCUCACGAGGAAGUAGAGCGUUCGCGUUGAGUAUGCUGAAAAAGCAACACGAAAAUAUAUUCGAUGUCUACGAAUACACAUUGAAUAUGCUUCUUGGAAAGGAGAAGAUGAUCAAAAUUGAAUGA